ACGGUCGAUUGCAUCGGUAAUUGCAGCAAGAGCAUAAUUGAGAUUUGAUCGUCUGUACAGCAGGGCAAUCUCGCACAAGAAGGGCAGCGACACUCGGGCGUCUCUUGAGUCUCGAGAGGCAGCUCGCUGACCAUGGAACCUUUCAGAUGGUCCUAAAUUCUGUGGCUUUUCAGGGGUUGCAAUUGGUGCAUGCCGACCAUGCUGCUGCUGCUGCAGGGGGAUGCUUGCGAAAAGAAUUUCAAAGAAAAUCGCAUGCAGCUGUCAACUUGCAAUGUUAUCCGUGCUCCGUGAUCUUGUCAUCUGGGCAAGCUCAACGCACUCCUACCACCUUGACUACAUGUCUAUGGCCAUGCGAACUUUUGCCGAUCGUGCGCUGUUGGCUAUCAUCAUCUGGCACGCCGCUGUCAACUGGUCCUUGGCCCAAGACAUGUGCCGACAGAUUCCUCUGCAGGCCACCCAGACCUUUCGAUCCCCAUAUUGCGGCACAGUUGCAGAUAGGGACAAAUUCUGUGCGCAACGAUGCAGUCGUCGCAUCGCCGAUUACAUUUACCGCCUAGCGUGGACCGCGGCAGAUGUAUGCUCCAUCGUCAAUCCUCGGUAUGAUUGGGACCUCCGUUUUCAAAAUCUUCGUUCGACAGUGACGCUGCCUGGCGAUAUGGGGAUGGCAGGUGAAGGGUGUUCGCAAACACCUAAUAUCGAAUGCAUGUGCUCCGUGGAUGUGAUGCUGCAGCGUGCCGUUCUAUUCCUUGCAGAGCCCCAGCAAUCUGGACACUAUGAUCCCAUGCAGGCAGCAAUUGCCAGAAACAAGUGGUGGUGUCUUCCUAAUGGUGGCAUUGCAAAUCGCAUGAAUCCAGCUGGGCUUUCACGUGAAGUUUGGUACAGGGACAUGGUACAGCAGGAAGCAGCUGAGCGUAAUGAAGUUGUACAAGACAACUUCUAUCCGGGAACAGAUGCACCGGGUAUUCCAUCAAACGAGCACAUCUGGCGAGUUCAUUCAGAGCCAACCAGGCGAUUGAUCAGAUGCGAAGCCCACUUUGACAGCGCGUUUGCAGAUUUGCUGAUGGAAUCUGGUUCUGGCAGCUGUACAAUCAAACGUCCUGAUCUCAGCAAUAAAGCUAAAGCCUCGGGUACGCUUGGCCUCAAAUGUUCUGGUGGGCUAGGUAUGGUUGACAUUGUCGACCGGCUCAAACGGCUAUACGAGGCGGAUCCACGCAAUGUACCUACACGAGCAAGAAAUUUUAUCCGUGUUCGAGACCUAUAUGCCUGGAUAACUGAGAGCGCCUUCUUGGAAAUGAGACUUGGUCAGGACUUUGCUUCCUUAGUAGGUCAGCAAAUGGGCGAGUAUAUGGCGGGCGCUUCGAACCUUUCGCCGGAAGCUCUUGCUUAUGGUCAACAACACCCAACACAGUAUUACCUAUAGUCUACCAUACCAAUGCUUAAGAGUGAAAGUGUUUGAAACGAUGUUCUCUACCUAUGCUAAAUUCAUGAUCAGAGAUGAGAGUAAGCAGUUACUUGGCUACAAGGUUCAGCUGCCUGCUGUUGCCAUGGUGAAGCCGUAUGUACUCAAUAUCAACAAGGGCCUUGCAGUUGAUGUGGGGUCUCAACAUCAUUCUUUGGGCCUUACUCUUGAGUAAACUCUUCUACGACAUGGAUACGCCUGUAAGAUAGUUAUCCCUGGCUUUACGAACAGAC